AUGCUCUUCAUCGGUCUUACGGGCUCCAUUGCAACGGGCAAGUCAACCGUUUCCUCCAUCCUCUCCAAGCCCCCUUACUCCAUUCCCCUCAUCGACGCCGAUGUCCUCGCGAGGAAAGUCGUCGAACCCGGAUCAAAGGGAUAUGCCGCCAUCGUGAAGCAUUUCCUCCCCACAACCCCGGACCUCCUCGUCCCGGUCUCAGAGACCAUGCCCGAGGCCGGGCCCGACGGCAAAGGUCGACCACUCAACCGACCCGCCCUCGGCAAGCGCGUCUUUGGCGACACGGAAGAGCUGAAAAAGGACCGUGCCGUACUCAACGGCAUUGUUCACCCCGCCGUUCGCUCUGAGAUGUACAAGGCCAUUCUCCGUGCCUAUGUCACCGGUCACUGGGCUGUUCUCCUCGACGUUCCCCUGUUAUUCGAAAGCAGCCUCGACCGCCUCUGUGGCACCGUUUUUGUCGUUGCUGUCAAGGACCCCGAGGUACAGAUGCAGCGUCUCAUGGCCCGCGAUCCUCAUCUCAGCCGCGAAGACGCCGAGAACCGCGUGCUCAGCCAGACGGAUGUGAGGCUCAAGGCACGGAGAUGUGAAGCCAGAGGUGAGGGCAAGGGCGUCGUACUAUGGAAUGAUGGCUCCAAGGAAGACUUGAAGAGAGACAUCGGCGAGGCUAUCCGUCACGUUCAGGCCUCCAGCCCAGUAUGGUGGAGUUGGCUGCUUCUGGCGUGUCCACCAGCAGCGGCAGCCCUUGGGGCCUGGCGGUUUUGGCAAAAUGUUCGCAUCAAUAAGGCAUGGGCGGAGCAGGAAAGAAUUGAGAAGGCAAAGUUGUAG